CAGACCUGGGAAGGUUAUACAGAGUUAACACAAUGACGCACAGAGGGAAAACAGGUAUCAUCAACAAGGAACCUCGCAAUGAGCUCCCAGCGGGAGAAGUUCCAGAUUGCCUAGUAUGGGAAUUGAUCAAGAAGAAUAACGCAUACAUCUUCAAAAGCGGUCAUGAAACUUUCACCAAGGAAAGGUACAACCUCAUGGCAAGACAUACCCCCAUGUACUCUGGUUUAAUGCAAAAUAGCGUAAUGAACCUGGAGUUGUCACCUUCAGGGUCCAAAAUUGUACUCACAAGCAUGGACCUACAAAAUGCUAGACAACCUAGAAAUAAAACACAAACUAAGAAUUUGGACAAGAAUCCAGCACGUGUUGAAUUUUUAAAGAACUUUGCGUACCCAUCAAGACCGGAACUUGCCGAAGUACUGGCCGAAAAGUUCAUCAAGAUGACCCAUGCGAAACUUGAUGAAAACGUAGAGUAAACUGUGUAUAAUAUCUAUAUAAC